AUGAAGCUGCUCUCCCUUAUCCUCUACAGAGCGAGAGAGGAAAGCCCUUUUGAGCUGGUGAACUGCGAAGAGCUGUCCAGCUUCAGCUUUUUCCAUCGCGGCCCUCUUCGUGAGCACAUCAAGUUUCAUAGUCGCUUGAUCGCUUCGCGGACACCGCCAGGACAGCGAAAUAGCAUUGACUUUGACCAGAACUUGGGCAAGUGCUACUCCUGGACGCAUCCACAGGGCAUUACUGCCACUGUUUUGGUGGACAGCGAAUAUCCCAUGAGAGUGGCCUUUGCGUUGGCUGCGGAGGCCAUUCGCAUCUUCAUGGAUUCCGGUGCCGUGAAGGGUAGCUUGGAGGACAUCAAGAGGGAUGAAGCGUUUCAGGUGCCUGAAAUUCAGACACUCUUCACCAAAUUCCAAAACCCUGCAGAAGCAGAUAAAUUGACCAAAAUCGAAAAGGACUUGGAGGAGGUCAAGGGUGUCGUCAUGCAGUCCAUGGAUGACUUGCUCAAACGAGGCAGCCUCCCUGGACCAGCUGAUGCAGAAGAGCAAGGACUUAUCCAGCACGUCGGUUCAGUUCUACCGAACGGCGAAAAAGAACAAUCAGUGCUGCAAGAUGUACUGAGCUCCGCGGACCUCCCAAAGGGGUCCAGGUCUGCGGCAUGCGCUUCUGAGGGCUUGGAGAUGAGCAACAUGGGUUGCCGGAAGUUGCCGGGGUGCGCUUUUGCAAUCGUCAAAGUAUGCAAGACAUGGCCUAAGGCAAUGAUACAAGGACCAUCAAGGACCUAG